UUUUACCGCUCUCACUCACUUAUGCUAUUCUGUAGCCCUAUACAUGUACAUUUUAGCGCUGCAAAGCACUUGUUGUUAGCUUUGGGUUUUAAGAAGUAAUUGGCAAAAUUCUCAUCGAUUAUUGCUUGAGGCUUUGAAAUCGUUAUAUCACAGUGGUGCUAAAGGGCUUAAAUCGUAAUUUCAAGUGACCCUCCAUGCAAUUACCGAAUCACAGCGAAUCUGUUAGGGGAAAAUUUUUGCCUAAUCAAGUAAUAAUUCAAUAUCUAUGUUUUAAUAUUAAAAAUGGGUUAUUUUUAAUGAAAAACAACAAUUUCUCCUACAUUAUUGAUUAGAUACAAGUUUUGAAGGGAUUGUUGUGAAUAGGGGAUUGGUAUCUUUGCAUGGAGGGGUACUUAAAAUUACUCUUACAGCCCCUUUUAUCUAGUUCGGUAAUUAUCACAGAUAAACAUCGUGCAGAACAAGAAUGUCUUCAAGGAGGGAUAAUAUCGUAUCUGAACUGGAGACUAUCAUCCAAACAAAAGACGAGGUUAUGAAACGGAAGGAUGAUGAAAUCGAUAAACUAAAACAGGAGAUAAAAAAGGAAAAGGACAGGAAUAUAAAGGUUCUUGAAGAUAUCACCAGGGACCUGGAAGAUAUGAAACUAUCGGAGAUGGGACGGAAAGGAGGAAAAGUGAAGAAACAAGAUUUAGAUACCGCGGAAAAUCAAGCAUCUUUUGAAGAAAUAAGAAAACUUCGUCAAAAGAUUGAUAUUCAAGAGAAGAAGAAUGAAAAUUAUGAAACUUUGAUAUCAUUGAAAAACAAUCAAAUAAGCCUUCUUGAGAAGAAGAUAAGUUCGUUUGUAAUUCAUCGGAAAAAGGACGUCAAGAUGCUGGAAGAACAAGAGUUAACGAUGAAGAAACUGAAGGAGGAGAACUCUAGGCUUGAAGUUGAACUGGAAAAGCUGAAAAAGAGAAACUUGAUCCUGAGAAAUGACAGACUGAAAGAAAAGUAUUCCGAUAGAGAUUACACUGAGGUUAUCAUGAAAGAUCUGGAUAAUCUUAAACUUGAUGAAGGUCACGGUCAAACAGUAGAGAACCAAAUUAAGGAAGAAGAUAUGGAGGUCACUUCAGAGUUUCAAGAUAUACCGGGGAUAGGAGUAAAUAGGAGAAGUCGCUCCAGAACAAAGAUGGAGGUUUCCUCAAGGUUUAUAGAUGAACCGAGAAAUGGAAAUAGGAGAAGUUUCUCUGCUCAUCCUAGAAUGAUUAAACUUGAAAACCUGAUUGUCGCUCAACAGUUUGAAGAUGCACCCGGAGUAGGAAUAAAGAGAAGUCAAACUGUUUAUUCUAGGAAAGAUAAACCCAGAAACUUGGAUAUUACUCCAGAGCUUGAAGAUACAGUUGGAGUAGGAGAAAAGAUGAAAAGUCGAACUGUUCAUCCUAGGAAGGAUAAACCAAGAGAUUUGGAUAUUACUCCAGAGGUGAAACCCACACCCAGAGUAGGAUUUAUAAAGAGAAAUCGGACAGUUCAUCCCAGAUUAGACAAACCUAGAGAGUUGGAUAUUACUCCAAAGAUUAAACAUACAACAGUGGGAGUUACUCGCUCUGUUACUUUUGGAAUAAACCAAUCCGGAAGUUCAGCUGAUGUGUUUAACAGGUCUAGAAAGAGAAGUAAGACGGUUUUAGGUUUUGGAGGAUCAGGAUCUUCGAAGAGAAGGUUUCUAGGAUCACACAUGGAGGAUGUAGCUGGUUCUAGGUUAGAUGAAAAUACUGAGCCUAUAGAGGCAAGUUUCUGUCAAGAUAAAAUGGCUGAUUUAGAUAAACCUGUUAAUCCUGAUAAACUUCGUAAGUUUAAAUUAAAGAUCUGUAGUUUAGAGAAGAGAAUCGAUGAAAAAGAUGCAACUAUUCAAAACCAAAAAAGAAUUAUUGCAGAGAAAAGUUUAAUGUUGAAGAGAAAGGAGGAGGAAAGCGGGAUUAAAAAAAGUCUGCAGGAAACAGAAUCAACGGACGCUAUUUUAAAGACUAUUGAUAAUCUCAAACUUGAAGACGAUCCUGCUCAAACAGUGAACGACAAAAUUGAGGAAGGAAAAACAAAGAAAGAAAUUAUAGGAGAGGAGAAGAACAGGAUUGAGGAAGAGAAGAACAGGAUUGAGGAAGAGAAGAACAGGAUUGAGGAAGAGAAGAAUAGGAUCGAGGAAGAGAAGAACAGGAUUGAGGAAGAGAAGAACAGCAUGGAGGAAGAGAAGAACAGGAUGGAGGAAGAGAAGAAUAGGAUUGAGGAAGAGAAGAAAAGGAUUGAAGAAGAGAAGAACAGGAUGGAGGAAGAGAAGAACAGGAGCGAGGAAGAGAAGAACAGGAUCGAGAAAGAGAAGAACAGGAUCGAGGAAGAGAAGAACAGGAUUGAGGAAGAGAAGAUCAGGAUCGAGGAAGAGAAGAACAGGAUCGAGAAAGAGAUGAACAGGAUCGAGGAAGAGAAGAACAGGAUAGAGGAAGAGAAGAACAGGAUAGAGGAAGAGAAGAACAGGAUUGAGGAAGAGAAGAACAGGAUGGAGGAAGAGAACUGGAUCGAGGAGAAGAGCAGGAUCGAGGAAGAAAAGAACAGGAUGGAGGAAGAGAACAGGAUCGAGGAAGUAAAGAACAGGAUCGAGGAAGAGAAGAACAGGAUCGAGGAAGGAAAGAGAAAGCUCGAUGAAGAAAAGAACGUGACAAAUAAAGAAACGGAGAAUGGAGUUAAGGACAAAAACCUUUAUAAGAAAAAAAUUGCAGUUGAGUUUGCUGCAGCUAAGGAAGAAAUCAGGAACUUGGAAAAGAAAAUAUCUGUCCUGGAUAGAAGGUUUAAAUUAGAGUGCAAUAAAAAUGAUGAGAAACAGAAACUGAUUGAUAUACUAAACAGGGAUAAUACAAGGUUAAAGCAAGAGGUAAAGAAUUGGGAGAAUAAGAAUAAAGAACUUCUAGAAGAUCAUCUAGAUAAUGUCAUCAAACUUCAUAAUCUGAGGUUAGAGAUAGCAGAGAAUUCUAAAAGAGAAGACAAUCAAGAAGAAUCUACAAAUCAAGAAGGAAAUAAAAAGAAAUCCAGAAACAUGGGAAGGGUCUCCCAAGGGAAAGAAACACUGGAUAAACAAGAAAGAAAAAGUCCUCAGCAAGUAAACAAUGACAGAAAACAAGGUCAAAAUAAAAAGAAAGAAACUUAUGAAAGAACGAGAAUCGAAGAAAACAAAGGGAAAAAAGUUGAAAGUAAAAUUAAGAAGAAAGAUGACACCACUAGGUCUAAGAAUGAAGGUUUGCCGGUCGUUAGACAAGUGAUCACGGAGAAAACUCUUAAAGAAAAAAAUGUAAACAAAAAAGUUGUCGGAAAUAAAAACGGAUUAAAGACCUUUAGACGAAAUGAAACGCUAUAUAAAGAGUCAACUGAACCGAGAGAAACCUGCAGUGGAGAGAAACAACCAGAAAAAGGUGGAAGAGAGGGCGGAAAAGGUGGAAGAGAGGGCGGAAAAGGUAAAUCUAACGAAAGGAAAGCAAAGUUACUCAAAAAGGAGAAAGGGAGAAGAAAUGCUACUGAAGAAGAGGGCAAAGCAAAUAUCAGCGGAGAACGUGAAACAAGAGUUCAGCGUGUCUUCCCUGGGUUCGGAAAUAAAAAAAUAAAGAAUUAAAUAUUUUAAAGGAGAAAAACAAUAUUGAUUGGGAAUAUUUAAUAAGAAAAUUGUUGCAGUAUUUAUCGUGAGAUGAAAAUUAGUAAAACAAAUGAUAUUAAUUUAAAAACUUUGAUUUUAAAAUUGGAUUGUAAAAUAAAUUGUGAAAUCUUAACUGCAAGAGUUGGUUAAUUACCAAAUAGAUGAUCAAGUACUUCAGGUUAUUACAGCACUACAGUGGUUACAGCUAAUUAGUUCUCUUUUAUUUUUAUUUUUAACAUAAAACAACUUCCCACGUGGAAACUGGUAACAAAGGAAAUAUCUGUUACCCAUAGGGCAAAUAGCUUUUUUAUUUUAGUUUAAUCUUUUGACGGUAGAGAGAAGUUUAAAAGCCGUCUUAAUGACUAUUGAAUUUAUUUCUCAUGUUUGAUUCUCGAAACAAUAACCACAGAACUUUCCAAGAU